AUGCCUUCGCAAAACCGAAGGCAACCUCGGAAGCGCACGAAGACAUUCACAGGGUGUUGGACAUGUCGCACGCGCAAGAUCAAGUGCGAUGAGUCCAAGCCCUGUUGCCACCAAUGCUUUGAGAAGGGCCUCAGCUGCGAGGGCUACACUGGCCGCCUGCAAUGGCUCACACCAGUCACUGGCACGAAUGACCAUUGCGCGGAUGAGGCGCAGGGACUUCCGCUUGGCCAGAACACAAGACGUCUCAUGCCAGUAGAAAAAUUAGAACCGGUUCAACCUGUCUUGGGAUGGAAUCAAGUCGAUGGGAUCCUUCGCUACAUUGAUUCCCUGGAGUCUGUGGUCAACACCCGUAGUGAAGAUGUCAGUGCCAACAUCCAGAAUUUUGGUGUCUUCAGUCUCCAACAGAACUCCUUGUUGGACUCUGUUCAAGAGCUCAGCCAUACGAAUACUCCCACAGUCAAGCCAGUCAGGCGACCGGGUGAAUAUGAAUUCGUGGCGGACCCAGAGGUCAUCUCUCUUGAUUCUGCUGGUACGAACGAUUAUUCUGAACCCGAGGUAGCAUGGGAUCUAUGCAAACUUCAGGGUCAUGAUUUUGCUUUGGAAUUUCCCCAUGCGGUUGAUCCUGUAAUACAGGCUCUUCCAAAAGUGACCCAGACCCUUCCAACCGAUACCGUUCUGUUGCCGUCUGUCGGGUUUGAGGAAAUAUAUACGCUGGCAGGCUUAAAAUAUGCCAAUAAUCGCCCUCGGGUGAUGACACCGCCAGUUCAGUCCGUACCCAACACCUUGGAAGAUCUGGUAGUCCCCUCACAAGAGCGAUUCUUGAUGGGGCACUAUCGGAACAGGGUUGUGAAUAUAUUUUGCGUAAUUGACAAUGCGAAAAGUCCAUGGAAGACGAUCCACCUCCCAAGUGUUCUCCAGUGUGCCGGUGAACUCAGCUUUGGAGGCACUACAACGAGAAUUCGCAACGCGUUGCGAAACUCAUUGCUGUCAAUCAGCGCCUUUUAUUUUUCGAAUGAUCUUCGAGCUAACCGCCGCAAUGAAGAGGCCGAGAAUUGGGGCACAAUCGCUUCGAGAUAUCGCUGCGAUGCUAUCGGCCUCCUCAAAUAUGCCGUUGAGAUUGAUCUCUAUGCUGAGGAAAAGCCGAGAUAUAAAGAAUUUCUUGCUACGAUGCUGUCUAUGAUCACGAUUAAUGUCAUGUCAGGAGACACACGGACUUGCAGUGUGCAUCUAGAUGGAGCAGAAAAACUCAUCACCCAUAUGGCCACCCAAAAGUCCUCAUUCUCCAGGAAAGCGCAGUCCCUUCAUCGGAUUUAUCUUUAUUUACGAGUGAUAUAUGAGAGCACGUCUAUCAGACGACAAAGUACUUCGGGCUCUCGGUUCGCGUCCUGGUUGGGUUCAGCAAAGACGGUCGGACCGCACCCAAUACUCCCAAGCAUCAAUCCUUUCAUCGAAGAUGAAGACACCCCUCUGUCCAUGCUGCCUAUGGAGUGCACCGCACCACUUCAAACACCCUCCGCCAGAAUUUCUGCAUAUGAAUGUAUCUAUGGUAUCCCUGAGAGCCUCCUUCUUCUACUCAAACAAUCCAUCGAAGUCAUCGACGAAGUGAACCACCACCGUGCAGGAGGUGGAAACUCAUACAUACCGGAUUACCUAAACCAUAUUUGCGACGUGCUUGAGCAAGAGAUUAUGGAUUGGCCAAUUGAAGAGCGUCUCAAGCGAUGCAAGGAGGCCAAAUAUGGGAUCAACGCCAACAUUAUCUAUCACCAAACCCGAGCGUUCCUCAACGCUCUCAUCAUAUACUUCUCCCAGAGCAUCAGGCUAUUAAACCAUCGAUAUCUGAGACAAUAUGUGCAGAACAUCCUUGAAAGCAUUGAAGCAAUCGAAGAACUGAAAGCUGAGACCAAGUUACUGGCUGCCCCACUCUUCUGGCCUGCUUUCAUAGGUGCCACGGAGGCAUUCGAGGCGCGACAGCAGGAGCGGUUCCGGCAGUGGUACAAACGUGCUGAAGUGUACGGAAUGGAGUCUGUGAGGACUGGGAUUCAAGUUUUACAUGAAGUUUGGAGGCAGGGUCCUACGAUAAGUCGGAAUAUACAGCCUAGUUGGUGUAGCAUUGUAGAAAAUACCGGGGCCUGUCUUAUGUUAACAUGA